AUGACAUUGCUCUUUCAUUCAUUUCCGAUCGAGUUGGUUUGCUCUGUUUUAGACUUUCUAACUCUUGAUCUCUCUCAUUACUGUUAUGGAUAUUGCCAUAUGAUUCAUUUAAAUUCUUCAUCCUCUUAUUCCCAAUAUUCAUCGGAGAAGAAGUAUCUUACGAACAACUUGGAAAUACAAAACAAUCAUUUCAAUAAUGAAACUACUACUCCCGAUGUAUUAGAACAUUUUCUUGGGAAUUUAUAUUCGUCUAUUCUUUCAUUGAAUGGAAGUCCAACGAAUUUUGGAUCUAGUAGUAACACUAGUGGCAAAUCAACGGGACGAUGCUUGUCGUCCUAUUUCAUUCGGAUUUUAUUUGGAUAUAAACGAGGAAAUUCGAGAGGAAAUGUCAUGUUGUUGUGGUCGAAUAUUAAAUUAAGUGGGUUGAGAGAUUGGCCUUAUUUUGUGACUAUGAGUAAAGAGGCUUCGAAUAUCAUGUAUAAUGAAGAAGAACGUAUUUGCAAAGAAUUUUUGUAUAGAAUGAUUCCACAUGCUUCACGAGUGAGAAGUGUUGUGCUAAAUUGUAAAAUAGAAAGCUCUGUCAAUUUUCUAAAUGAAUAUUUACAAUAUUAUUCUAGACACGAAUUAACAAACACAAAGAAAUUGUCACACACUUUGGGAAAAAUUGAUUGUUCUCCAUUUUCCAGUCUUAUCAAAAAGAAAUACAAAUUCUUUGGAGAAAGGAUGGUAAAAUCUAGUCAAUUAUUUCACAGACAAGAAUGUCAAAAUGAUUCUACUGAGCAGAGCUUUGCAUCUCUUGUACGAUCAGGAUUUAACAAGCUUCUUGUGUCUAUUAAUGCACCAUCACGCAAUCAUAACUUUAUGUCAUCUAGUUCACUAAUUGAAAUGCCUCAUUUGCGAUACAUUGACUUGUCAGGUCUUACCUUUCAAGUUCAAGGUAAAACUAACAAUUUACUAGAGCAAUAUGUGAAUGAUACUGUUCACUGGUUUAGAAACCUAUUUUCUAAAACUCCUAAUUUACAAGUAUUUAAACUUAACUACAUUUACGGCAAUAAUGAAUCCAAUCUUCCUGUCGAUGAAGCCACACCACAAGAGCAAUUUUUAUUUGAAUCCAUUGUCAACUGUAUAUGUGAAUCAAAUCUAACCAAGCUGAAAGAACUCUCUAUGAAUGGAUGUGGGCUGUCAAACAAAGGUUUUAUUACUAUUCUUAAACGUUUACGCCUCAAAAAGGUAUCUUUGAAGUACAACAAAGACAUAACUUUGGACGAUCCAUUCUAUUCAGAUCCAAGGAAUGCUAACAACUAUCUACAAUACUUGAAUUUAUCUUACUGUGAAUUAGGUUAUUUUUCUGGAUUUUUAGAUCUCAUUAGCAAAAUAUUGCCAUCAAUCAAAACCUUGAAAAUUGCAGGAAAUAAUGACAUGUUUUUGUAUACAAGAACUCUCAACGCUCUAUUGCAAAACCUUUCUUUGGAAUACUUAGAUCUUCGAAGCUCGCCUAUCAUACAAGAUGACGAUCUGAAAUUGUCCAACAAAACAAGAAAAUUGAGACUAAAACUACCCAAGCUGGAGAGUUCAACCAUUAAGUUUGUUUCUUCCUCCUUUUUCAAUAUUAACUUUUUAGAAAUUUCCAAGUAUUCAUUGUCUGUUUCACAAAUAGACGAAAUACUGGGUGCAUGUAGAAGGCAAUUGACUGUGUUGAGGUUACCUGAUUCUCAUCUUACCAAUGAUCAUGCGUAUUGCAUUGCACGUCAUAUGACAAGCUCUCUUGAAGAAGGAUACGACGGAUUGACAGAGUUGGAUCUUUCGAGGAAUAAUAUUAAGGAUGGAGGUUUUAAUGCUCUAUGGCAAUCUUUGCCCAAUCUGAACAUCUUCAAACUUGGAGGAAAUGUAGAUGUUUCUAACAACUCUUUCAAAAAUGUUGCGAUACCAAUCAAGCUGCAUACAUUGGAACUGGCCUGCACUAAAAUAGGUGAUAAUACUGCGUGUGAGUGGUUGUUCAAAAGCACAUCUAACGAAAAGAAGAGGAGAUGUCAACUAACAGCGCUGGACGCCCACAACACAAUGUUCGGUGAUUCCCUUAUUGAUUAUGUCAAGAAUGCACAAAGCUUGCGAUAUUUGGAUGUGUCAGACUCGCUUCUUUCAAAAGAAGCCAAACAGAUAUUGAGGUCAUCUUGUUUGUUUAUUUCAGAAAUUAUUGUAUAA